CCAUAAAUACAAUUUAAUGAAUGACUGACCAUUGGAGGAGGGACUAAGACUGAUGAACGGGGACCAGUGGAGAACGAGAGAUGCCAACUUCAGCUCAACCACCAAUGAGAAGCCCCGGAACUCGACAGCCAGCACGGAGGACUAAUGAGGUUUUGCUCCUGUGGGAGCAUCUUUGGAAGGGCCCAGGGAAACUGAUUGGGUCAGCCGGGGCGGGAUUAUGCGAAUGAAAGGAUGGGUUUAAAACCCCGCCGGGUACGCGACCCGUGCCCGGCCCGUGGACUGUUCUGUGCCAGGAAGGAGUGGGAUUAAGGGUGCCUGAGUUGGAACGAGGUGCGGUCACUGGACUCUCUACCCUACACCUCACCAGGAGUGGUAGCAAGCCUCCAUCCUGCCGGCGGUUCCAGGUUUGGCAGACAAAACUGCAGCCUCCCGGAGAUCGGGAAACAUCCCAAGGCGCUGCCAGCACAGGGACAGAACGGAAGAUUGACGGCCCUCUCCUUUGGCAGGAAACACGCUGCUGACUGCAGAGGAAAUGGACAAAGUUAAUAAGAGUCCAGAAAUCCUGAAUUUAACGGGCAUAUCCGAGGAGGAGAAAAAAGCCACCAGUCACCGCCAAGGGGUGAUCAAGGAACACCUGAAGAAGUGGGGCUGCAACCCGGCCAAGGUCCCAACCAUCAUGGUCCUGGGCUCCGGUGGGGGCACGCGGGCCUCCAUCGCCUGCCAGGCCACCCUGACUGCACUCGCCCAGCAUGACCUGCUAGACUCCGUCAUGUACCUCUCCGGUGUCUCAGGCUCCACCUGGUGCAUGUCCUCCCUCUACGCCUGGGGAGAUUGGUCCAAAAAGCUGGAGGAGGCAGAGGCUGAGAUGCGACAGCGGCUCACAGAGGGUUCCUGGGACCGCCGAUUUGCCCUGGAGAAGGCCAAAGAGGCCGCAAAGUUGGAGGACUAUUCUCUGACUGAUUUCUGGGCCUACUUCGUGGCGUAUGAGCAGACCAGGAAGUUGCAAGAUGAGCCCCUGACCAGCAUCAAAGAACAUUCCGAGAAGGGGGUGGUGCCAUACCCCAUCUUCUCCGCAGUGGAUAAAGACUGCCUGAAGCAAUGGAAGAAGAAAUUGCCCCAGGAGACCUGGUUCGAGUUCACCCUGCACACGGCCGGAUUCCCCGCCUUCGGCUCCUACGUCACAGCCAGCCACUUCGGCAGCAAGUUUAAGGCCGGAAAGUUGGAGUCAAGGAAUCCUGAGCGGGAACUGUCCUACCUGAGAGGCCUCUGGAGCAGUGCUCUUGGGGACUUCCAGACCAUAUUGAAAAUCAUCACAGAUGCGAUCAAGAACCUGUUCAAAGAUAUAUGUGACAAGGCGUUUGGAUCGAAAUCAGAAGGUGAAAACUGUGAAAACAUUCUCCAGAUCUUGCUCAACCUGGUAAUUGCCCACCUGGAAGAAAAAGACUUCCUCCAUCACCUGAAGGACCUGGGAGACAGCCUGACUUCUUCAUCAACUUUUAAGGAGACCAGGAUAACAACUGAGAUGUCACUCCAUGGUUGGAACAGCUCCUCCUCGGAGAACAAGGAGACAUAUCUCUCUAAGGUGGUGGAGAAGGUCUUUGAGCUGCUCCUCAAGAAAAUAAAAAGUGGAAGCUCCUUCUUCAUCUUCCUGAAGAAAACCUUUCUGUGCCUUCUCUUAUGGAACUGGGGAACCAACAACAACUUCCUGUAUAAGUUGGAAGGUAUAAACAAUUCAGAGGUGACCGAGCACGAAGUCUUCCGCCUGGUGGACGCCGGCCUGGCCAUAAACAGCGCAUACCCAUUGGCCCUCCACCCCGCCAGGCACGUGGAUCUGAUCCUGUCCUUUGACUUCAGUGCUGGGGAUCCUUUGGAGACCAUCAAGGUCACCUCAGACUACUGCGAAGCCAACGGCAUCCCCUUCCCCACCGUGGACAAGGAAAAGCUCAACAAAGACACCAAGGCGCCUUCCGACUGCUAUGUCUUCGAGGACGGAGCAGGGGCCGAGGUCCCGGUCAUCAUGCAUUUCCCGCUUUUCAACAGCAAAAACUGUGGAGGUGGAGCAGAUAUGGUAGAGCAAUGGAGGAAGAGAUAUCCCACGUUCUGCCUUUCCAACUACAGCAAGGAAGAUUUUGACGAUCUGGUGCUCAUGGCAAAAAUGAACGUCCAGAACCAAGCGGGGACGAUCAUGGAUAAGAUCAAGGAGCUGGCUCACCGUGCCUCCCACGAAUAGGGGGGCUGAGGAUGGCUGGGCCCUCGGAUCCCUCAGGGGGUCCACCAAGCUGCUUCUGGAAAGUGGGGGGGUUUGCUCAGAAAUACCCCAUUCUGAGACUCAGGGUCCUCCAACAUAGCCUAGAACCUUUGGCAGGGAGGGAGUGUCCCAGAUACCUCCGAUACCUCCCAUCCUCAUGAGGAAUUCCUCUCAGAAUUCCCUGUCCCUAGAUUCCCCCUCCUCUCUGAUUCCCUGAGAACAACACCUUCCUUACCCUUCCUCCCCCCUCCCCUGCUACAGUUAGUUACAGUACUGAUUAAGUGCCAAGCACUAUGCUGAGGACUAGAGUAGUUAGAAGACAACCAGAUUAGACAUCAUCCUCAUCCCCAUCAGGGCCCACAGUCUAAGAGGGAGGGAGAGUAAGUUUUUCUAUUUAACAACAGAGGAAACUGAGGUCCAGAGAGGAAAAUUGACUUGCUCAAGGACACCCAGCAGGCCAGUGUUGGGACCAGAAUUCGCGUCUCCUGCCUCCCAGUCCCAUACUUUUUCCACGGGGCGAUGAGAAACUAGCUUAGGUAGAGUUCCUCCAGCUGCACCAUCAACACUGGUAGUAGAGAAUCCUUGGGUGAUGGGAAACAAUCUAUAUUCUACUAGCUUGUUGACAAUUUUCAAUUAAAAUAUCCCUCCCCACGCCA